CCCCCCCCCCCUCCCCAAAGUCAAGCUCCCCUCUCAAUCCCAAGCAUAUCUCUCAAUCGCCAUAUUGGGUACUGAGAAGGUUUGUCUGCAGUUUCUCUCACUACGGGACGAAAUUGACAGAGCGGCUUCAGUCCCUGUGCACUUUGUUUGGAUGGUCCGCGGAGACGACGUUGGGCUCGACGACGCCGCGGCCGUUACCUCCUCCAGCUCGACGUAUGCAUGGCAUUAAGCCGUCUCACGCUUGUUUUGGAUCCCGCUCCGCGACGAGGAGAUACCCGUUGUUUUUGAGCGGCGCGUGUUUCUUGUGAAAACUGGACGCUCCCCGGCCCGUUUGAGAAAUCGCGUCUUUCUUCGAGGGGGGGGGGGAGAAAAAAAAGAUGUCAGAUGUGCGACUUUCGAACGGGAGCCCGACGCUGGAGCGGACGGACCCGCGGCUGGCGGAUCACCCGAAACCGUCAGCCUGCAGGAGCCUCUUCGGCUCGGUGGAUCACGAAGAGUUAAAGAGGGAUUUAAAGGGACAUUUGCGGGAGAUGGAAGAGACUGCCUCCGCCAAGUGGGGCUUCGACUUCGCCAAUCACACGCCGCUGGUCAACGACAGGCUCGAGUGGGAAUUAGUGGAUUGCAGGGACGUCCCGGAUUUCUACACCCGGCCGCUGCGGAGGGAGAAGGGCGUCUGCUCCGCCGGGAAUAACAAUGUGGAUCUAAACGGGAAUCACAGCUGUGUCGUGGUGGCCCCGAGCGACGACAGCGCGCGGCCCGACGGGCAGAUGGAGUGCACGGAGCAGUGCGCCGGGCUGAGGAAGAGACCCGCGUGUCACGACCCCUCGGCCCAAAACAAGAGGUCACACACCAGCUCAGAUGAGGUUAGUUGUCCAGGUCUGAGCCACUCUGCAGAACACACACCCAGAAAGACCAGUCCCAAGAGACAAACGUGAGGACGACGAACGAGCCGAAGAUGUAAGUCCCCUUUUUUUAUGUGGGGGAAAACUCAGUGUUGGCCGAUUAUUGGAAGAGGAACUACACAGCAUCAGAAACAUAUCAACUCUCCUGAAGACGGGGGAGGACGCUGUUGAAGCACUGAAUAGAAACACUAAAGUUGUGGCACUCAAUUAAAAGUUACUGCCUCUAAAAGCAGUCAAUGUAGCAGUGUGCAAUUAGGUUUGAUUUCCUUUUUUGCUCCUUUUUUACUACCUGUGUGUAAAUAAAUAUAUAUAUAUAUCUAUAUAUAUAUAUAUAUUAUAUUAUAUUUCUCUCCGUAUGUAGCACAUAAGAUAACAUUAUGAUUUGAAAACAAAUCCUUUAUGUAAAAAGGUGUGAAUUUUGAUUUGACUUGAAGAAUUGCAGUGUAGUUUGAUACAUGUUUCCAAAAUGCUGUUUGUUUUUUUUUUUUGGUGGUUUUUUUUUUUUUCUUAUUUUAUUUUCUGAAAGGCAGUGUGACUUUGACACGGUCCCUAAUUGCUACAUGUAAAACAAAAUCAUGGCUUCUGACAGUUUCUUAACAGUGUAUCUUCACUCCGUCAUCUUCCUAACUCAGCAGUGAAGAAUGGUACAAAUGUAGCUCAUCUGUUUUUUUUGGUUUUUUUUUUUUUUCCUUCCUAUGGUCAUUUCAGUGUCACCAAGUGGAGGUUCCCUCUAUACAGAUCUAUUUUCCCCAGGAAAUCAACACAGAAAAAGAGAGUAAUAUUUCUGUUAGAGUGAUUUGAAGAAAGUCCUAUUUAUUUUUGUGAUAGGUGCUUUUAGCAUCAAUAGAAAUCUGGAAUAUGAUGGGGGUUUUUUUUCUUUUCUUUUUUUUCUCUUCCUUUCUCUCAAGUACUCCUGCACACCUCAGCCACAUUGUCAUGGUGUGUUUGAUUUCCUCUGGAGUUGUGAGGUACUCAGAUAUUGAAGGACAAAGACCGUACAAACUGCACAGGUUGUGUUGUAGAGUCAUCCUUUCCCUGACUGUAUUCCUAUUGUUUCAUCAGCCUUAAUGCUCUUCAGAGAGGAGGUUUUCUAUUGUUUUUUUUUUUAAUAAGGGUUGAAUGUCCUACAAUACCAAAUACAUGGUUGCUUCAGUAUGGUUGCCAACACUGCCUGUGCUUCUUAGUUGACUUCACAUUGUAUUACUUUGUGAUAACCUAGACCUAAAUUUCCAUUGAUGUUUGUAUUUUUUUUUUCAUUUUUUUUUUUCUUCACCAAUGUUGUUAGCCUGCUGACGAUGCAAAUGUGAGCAUCUAAAAGCUUCCCUUUAUUCGCCUAAAGUGUGGGUCAUAUUCAAAGAGACCAGUGUACACCUGGAUGGAGAGAGAAAACAGCUUGUCUCAGAAGUGCAGUCACCAUGCCUGUGUAUUUGUGUAAAUCUUUGCAAUGUACCUAUGUACAUAAUUUUGUAAAAACACUGAGAAAUUAUACUAACUUAUUUAUGUCAAGCUUUUUUUAUGUAGAAUAAAAAUGGGUUUUUGAUUACGGUUA